CCCUCCCGCCUCCCACGGCCCGCCCUCCCCGCGGCGGCUGGCGUCGGGAAAGUACAGUGAAAGUCCGAGCGCGCAGCCGGGGAGAUGGGGUCCGGCUCCUCCAGCUACCGGCCCAAGGCCAUCUACUUGGACAUCGAUGGGCGCAUCCAGAAGGUGGUCUUCAGCAAGUACUGUAACUCCAGCGACAUCAUGGACCUGUUCUGCAUCGCCACUGGCCUGCCCCGGAACACGACCAUCUCCCUGCUGACCGCGGACGACGCCAUGGUGUCCAUCGACCCCACCAUGCCGGCCAAUUCCGAACGCACCCCCUACAAAGUGAGACCCGUGGCCGUCAAGCAGCUGUCUGAGAAAGAAGAAUUAAUCCAGAGCGUGCUGACGCAGGUGGCAGAGCAGUUCUCCAGAGCAUUUAAAAUCAACGAACUGAAAGCUGAAGUCGCGAAUCACUUGGCUGAGCUAGAGAAGCGAGUGGACUUGGAAGGCCUGAAAGUGCUGGAGAUCGAGAAAUGCAAGAGUGACAUCAAAAAGAUGCGGGACGAGCUGGCGGCCAGAAGCAGCAGGACCAGCUGUCCCUGUAGGUACAGUUUUGUGGACAAGAAGCUGAGCCCUCCACGUGAUGUCCCCACGUACCCCAAGUACCUGCUCUCCCCGGAGACCAUCGAAGCUCUCAGGAAACCCACCUUCGACGUCUGGCUCUGGGAGCGCAACGAGAUGCUGAGCUGCUUGGAGCACAUGUACCAUGACCUGGGCCUGGUCAGAGACUUCUCCAUCAACCCCAUCACGCUCCGGAGGUGGCUGCUCUGCGUGCAGGACAACUACAGGAACAACCCCUUCCACAACUUCCGGCACUGCUUCUGCGUGGCCCAGAUGAUGUACAGCAUGGUCUGGCUCUGCGGGCUCCAGGAGAAGUUUUCCCAAAUGGACAUCUUGAUUCUAAUGACGGCCGCCAUCUGCCACGAUUUGGACCACCCGGGGUACAACAACACGUACCAGAUCAACGCCCGCACGGAGCUGGCCGUCCGCUACAACGACAUCUCGCCCCUGGAGAACCACCACUGCGCCGUGGCCUUUCAGAUCCUCGCCCGGCCCGAGUGCAACAUCUUUGCCAACGUGCAGCCCGACGGGUUCAAGCAGAUCCGACAGGGGAUGAUCACGUUAAUUUUAGCCACUGACAUGGCAAGACACGCAGAAAUUAUGGAUUCUUUCAAAGAAACGAUGGAGAACUUUGACUACAGCAACGAGGAGCACAUGACCCUUCUGAAGAUGAUCCUGAUCAAAUGCUGUGACAUCUCCAACGAGGUCCGUCCGAUGGAAGUCGCGGAGCCCUGGGUGGACUGCUUGUUGGAGGAGUACUUCAUGCAGAGCGACCGCGAGAAGUCCGAGGGCCUUCCCGUGGCCCCUUUCAUGGACCGGGACAAAGUGACCAAAGCCACAGCCCAAAUUGGGUUCAUCAAGUUUGUCCUGAUCCCGAUGUUCGAAAUGGUGACCAAGCUCUUCCCUGUGGCCGAGGAACUCAUGCUCCAGCCCCUGUGGGAAUCCAGAGAUCGCUACGAGGAGCUGAAGCAGCUGGACGACGCGGCCAAGGAGAAGACGGAGGGCCUGACGUCCGGGGACACCGACGCACCCAGGGAGGGAAGCAGAGACGGGAGGAAAAGCGAAGAGAGGGCCGUCCUGAAUUGAUAUCUUGGUGCUUCCGUUCACAGACCGCGGCUCUGAAGGAAGGGGACACGCUUUGGCUCUCAGCACAGGAUGGGUCAGAACACGCGGGCCACGUACAAGGGAGAGCACGUGAAAGCUUCCCAGAAACGCCGUGUCGCUUACAUGGCUGUGAGCGAGCACCGUGCACCUGACGUUCGCCGCUCACUUGGCCCACGUCAGAGCAAACCAGCCCCUUCGGUCUGACGGUCACUGGAGAGCGUCUCGGCUACACAGAACGCAGGGCACAGGGCAUGGGAGGCAGGGUCUGACUUUGUACGGAGGGGCAGGGACAGGCCCGGGCCCCCGACAGGCCCCGCUGAGCUUAGGACAAGCAGAGUGACCUGCACAAGUGUCUCCACGGCUCUGAGCCCGGAGCCUGACUCUCCCCUCCAGCGGGAAUAAUCUCAUCACUAUGGUUUUGUCCACUGAACGAGCAGAAGGCCGGGACGCCUCCCGUGCUCGUAAACACGGGCAUUUCGUCGCCUGGGCACAUCGUAUUUUCCGGGGGUUCAGAAGAGGGAUCAGAAUUGUUUUAUUUGGCCUAAACGUGCUUGACAGCGUGUGCGGUGUACGGGCACUGUCUAUAGUGCCUGUGAGGUCUGAGAGCACCUGCCCAUUUUCAGUCUCAACAGAAGCUUUUCGCUCUUCUUUUUCCAAGCAGGUGGAGCCUGAAGAAGGCAUUUCGGUCACGGGUGGCGGUUCCGGACCAGGCCGGCCGAGCCUCGUGGGAGCCGACAGAGCAGGGGCAGCGGACUCUGAGGGCCUGACCCCACAAGACCGUGUUUUCUAAGAACUGUUUUGUUCACUGAUACAAAAAAAAAAAAGGAAAUUCAUGAUGCUGUACAGAAUUUUUAUUUUUAAACUGUCUUUUAAAUAAUAUAUUCUUAUACGGAAACGGGUAUUGUACUUUUUUUUGGUAGCGCUCUGCAACCUGGGGCUCCUUCCGGCAGUCCCCGGAGCCCCCCGAGCCCCCAGCCCCACGCAGAGACGAGGAACUGUGCUUCCCCCACACGUGUAUCCCAGACCGGCGCUCCCGUGUCACGUGUUGCCCCAUCUCGUGUAAAUUCGCGAUUAAACCUCAGGCGGUGCCCA